GAUCCACUCUGGUUCAUGUUCUGUUUAAAUGAAUGAGAAUUACUCUUCUGUUAGUUAGAGUUUCUUUUUGAAAGAAUGUGAAUCUGUUUUCAUGAGAUAGAGAUCGUUCUGGUGUUAAGAAAGUGUCCUGUUUAAUGUAACGAGUGAUGUUGGAGAGAAAUAACGAGUCGGAGCCGCGUAACUGAUGCAUCGAUUCAUGUCGAGUGCCAGAAGAGAGACAUCAAUCAUAUGCCUUAUGUUGUAUCUUUACUUUCUCUCCGCAGCGACAGCGUGAGUUUCAUCACAACAUCAAUAAUUAAAAAAUCGUCUCCCUUUAUUCUCAACCCCGCACUUUCCCCUUUACGAUUAUAGGUAUGAAAUUUGGUUUAUUUUGAUCAAAGGAGAGUGGUCCCACUCCCAUCAAUUUAUUUUGAUCCAGAAUAAUUCUUUUGUUCAGCUCAAGAAGGCUGCUACUGACGGAGUAGUAAACUACUAGCUUUGUUUUCCACCUUCUUAUUUCAUCUGGGAACUUUGCUUUGCUCAGUCAGCGCCACCACUAGCGGAUAUCUGGCAUAAAAAAAAAGCUAUUUCUGGAUUUUAUUGCUUGAUUUCUCAUGGCUUUCAUCUUGCCCAUUCGUUCUUUUCAACGUGUUCGCAGGUGAUUCACAUAUUUUUCCAUUCAAGGCAAGUGAAACUGAAAGAAAACAAGGAUGAGAAUAAGUACGGCUUCACUGAACGCCGCGCAGGCGCUCCCGCAUCCAUCAGCCACGUCGACUAUUCCGCGCCAACUCAUUUUCUUUCUGGUCUACUUCGCGCUGUCAAUCGAUGGCACGCUCAAUCUAGACCCGCAUAGUGUGGCAAAGCAAGUGGAAGAACAAAGGAAACGCAUUCUGGUCGACGUGAAAUUCAUCGAGCCACAGCCAUACAAUACGCUUCAGGUACAACUAGGGACUAUAAUAUACUUCUCUUCUGCGUACUCGUUGUUCGAAUUACCCUCAGUCUUUGUUGAUGUUUGUGUGUGUUCUAGAACGCAUAUUAUUUGAUAAACUUUAUCACAUACCUUUUCCUUUACCUCCAAAGUAGAUGCUUCAUCAAGAACAUCAUGCAUUCGACAAACUACACGUUGAAGUCUGGAGACGCUCACGAAUCUAAAUCAAUCUUCGCACGUUAUUCUUAAAAAAACCCAGCUUUUGCCAUCUGGAGAGGUGCGCAGAGAUGGCAGACUUGCGAAGACACCCGGAAAAGUGUGUUCUUCGAUCGACGGACCGUUCUGUUUUAACGAUCGGGAUCUGAGCGUGAUACCACGAUCUGUGGUGCAGAACAGUCCGACGGCGCUCUCCAAAGGUGACGGUCCGGAGGAGGGCGGAGUCUCUGAAGCUGGGGACUAUGGAAAUGCUCUUCCAUCGUUGGGUGACUUGCCGAUGAAUGCGUUGUCGCAGGUGACGCAGCUAACUGGCGUGCAGAAAUUGCCCGGCGAUGUGCCGCCCGAAGGGCCGAUACCGUUCAAUAAGGACUUCAUGGUGGAAGGACAAGAAGUUGUAACGAAGGAUGGGAGCACCCAGAUGUUGAUGCCGACGCCGACGACCCACGAGGAACGACUGGCGAACUUCUACCGUGAACAUCACUACAGAAACCAAGCAGCGAAUGCACUUGCAUGGUCCACAAGGGGAGAGAAAAAUAAGUCUGGCACGAGCAGCACGACAAACAAGAAGACAGGCAAGCGGCGAAAGCGAAAGAGUCGUAGCAAGAGCCUUGCAGUGGUCCACCCUGAUUGGACUAGUCCGCUGCACGAAGCUACGACUCCAGCAGUCCGAGCCCGGCUGCCUGCGCCGUCCGACAAUUACGGCCUGGUCACUGUGGACGAGAUGAGCCUGGACCGGCGCAUGCCUGCGGUCAAUAGUUACGGUCUGCCAGAGGGCAUUUCGUCGACGUGGGAGGGCAAGUGGGUGGUCACGGAAGACAUACACGGACGCAAGGGCGCAGAACUGAGCUCCACGACCGGCUACAUUCGGUUCUCCAAGCCGGUAAUCAUUCGGUCCCUAGUGGUGCAGUGCGGGAAAUACGUGUCCUUGGUCGGAGGCAGAAAAGACCUGCAACCAGUGUGGAUGCGCGCCAUGCGAAACAGCGUCGCGACGGGGAGAAGCACAUUCUUAGGUACUACGAGGCUUACGUGUAUAUUUAUGUCACUCGAGUGUAAAAAGUAGUUCUAGAUUAGAAGCUUAGCUGUCCAUACCAAAAAUAGCAACUGACACUAGAACAAAUUAGGAGCUUUUUUCUUAUUUGAUGUUACCAAAAAUAGGAAAGUAGGCCUAUCCUAUGAUAUUCAUCUUGUCAUCUUCAAUGAUGUUCAUGUUGGCAUCAAAAUCUCUUUGCAGAUCCGAUCAUUGUUGAUUUGGCUGAGGAUCCGCGCCAGAAUGUCGGUCUGCAGGUGGUUGACGAGCUGUUUUUUCUGACGGCAGAGCACGUGCGUUUGAUUUCGCUCGAGGUUGUACCGGCAACCGGCAGCUCCGUAAAUGUCCUCUUGCUAGGCCAAAGCAGCGAACUAGUUACUAGUUCAAUCGAUGUGGCGGCAACCAAGCACAUGAUGUCUUUGUCGGACAUGAUUCGAGCAAAUUUGGUGAUCAAAACGCGUGUGAACUCCUUAGCCGACGUGCAGGACGAAGUGGUUGUGAAUAUGAUCAUGAACAUGCUUACGCGUCCCCAGGCGCGGCCACAGGAUGUCAUGACAAUGCUUGAGAGCGGAAUCGUGCCUUCCAGACUGCGUACGCAGAUCCAGAACCACGACGUGAUGUCCCAUGUAGAGCAAUUGAUGGCCAAAAUGGGCAGUGACAGCGACGACGAGGAUGGAGACGAGGACUACCCUGCAGAAGAAGAAGAACACCAGGAUUCAGACGAACCAGAUGACAGGAACCUCAUCAAUGUUGAUGAUGGCGAAGAUACUGCUUUCGAACAAAUGACGAUGAUCAGCGAACGAGAUGACGGUUCAGCACCUGGCGGUGAGGAUGAGCAGUUGAUGAUGUUGUCCCAAGAAGCUGGUCCAGAUUCGUCGACCGGCUAUCGUUAUUCAUCCCGUACUGCUAAGUCAAAGAAAACAUCCAAACAGAUGAAAAAGCCAACACGAAAGCAGACGAGAACUUCUGAUGCUAAAGGAAAGAAGAAUGCGCGCAAAUCUUCAUCUUCUAGCUCAUCGAAGCAACUUCAGGUCGUCUCAUCGAAGGGUGGCAAUAAGAUGAAGAACAAGAGUGUGAUCGAAAGCGAGCUGAAGCGGUCGUUGACGGCGUAUAACGACUUGAUCAUGGCUGCGUGGUUGCAUUGGAUCCAAGGAAUGGCGACACAAAAUGUCGCUGACAGUGAGCGGGAAGUGGUCAUUCCCCACUUUCACACCCGCGAGUCGGCCCUUUGGCGCAACAUGCUUCGCGAAGUUGCAGAGCAGAAACAAGAAGGAGGCAACAAAGGAGAAGCUGUGGACGAGACGGAAGAGGAAAAUUUGCUUGCAGAACUAGGUGAAGACGCUAGUUUUCUUGACGGUUUGCAACAAACGGGUGAUCACAGUUUUCUUUUGAACGAAGAAGAUCUUGGUGAGCAUUCGUCUCCUCGCUCACCAUUUUCUUCUAGGACAAAAGCAAGUAAAAAUAAGAGCCGUCUGAAAUCGAACAGUACUAGCAAAUCGGCGAAAACGUCGCACUCGCAACAUACAAGGAAGAUUGUCGAGGUGGUGGAGGACGGGACAAGCAAGGCAGCUGCGGGUAAGAGGAAACGCAAGGAGGUAGAAAAGAAGGCGAGCAAGGUAGAGCGCCAGAAAAACACGAAGCCCGCAAAGGUGAUCAAACGACGAAAAAAAGCCAAGAAGGAGUCAAAUGCGGGAAAAUCCGACGACGACCUCUAGAUUGACAGGAUGAUGUUAUACAGCAAAUGAAUAGGACUAGACCUCUCCCAAGUAGUUGUACUGACGCGAGCAAAUGAAUCACAAAGAUUAUAACAUCAACGUCAUUAAUAUAGUUAUACUAUAUAGUUCUUCAUCUACACUCGCACUCCUAGCUCAUGUAUAUCCUCUCCCUUCUUUGGUACUUCUAUUAUAAAUCACUUUGUACAUCAAUUGUUAUUUGGUGUUAUUAGUAGCUCGUCACAUGAUGAGGAAAAGUGACAUGUUAUAUCAGUCUGAGAAGGAGUCAAUCUAAAUGCAGCCAACGCCAUGUAAAGCAAUGAAAAACAAAAAUGUACAAGCUGCUAAUAGAGAAGCGAUGAUUGAAGAAUGGAUCAUGGAAAAGCACCACAGAUUAUUAUCUUCGUCUCCGUGGUGGACAGUGACUGGAGCAGCAUCACAAUGAACUACAAAAUGACUCUACAAAGUGGUACAAGUGUAACUACUUACCAAGCUAAAGAUCUAGUUCGUAUAGACCUAGAACUAGAAGAGAAAGACUCUCUGUGCAUUCGGAAGACCUGCGUUUCGGAUUCACAAAUUUUUUAUCGACAUGAGAGAGGAGGUGCGUUGUACUAAGUAGUGUUGGCAUUGUUUGACUAUAUGUACACGAUGAGUAGUGCGAAGAAGAAGAACAACGCUCAUUCACGGCCAGACCAAACGCAAACAAACACACGCGGCAUGAUAAAGCGGAGUUAUCGACUGCUGCUCGAGGCCUGCUACGUGCAACGCUCUCUUUUCUCCAAAAACCUAUCCCGUUUCCAAUCCUGAACAAACCUCUCUUCACAAAUGAAACUACCUCAAAAAUUAUAGUGCAUGUCUCAUAUUUAUCAUGAUGUUGUCGG